AUGGAGGCGGGACAGCCGUCACCUGACAGCAGUAGUGAAGAGUGUACAGUACUGGAGGCUCUACCAGACAAGGGACUGGUGACGGAGCUGUACUGUUCAGGGUGUGAGGUGUGUGUGUGUGAGGAGUGUGCGUCCGGGGAGCAUGCAGACCACCCCACGGGACCGUUGUUAGCAGCUCUGGAGACACACAGAGACGGUCUGCAGGAGAGACUGACUGCUGCACAGAACAGACUGCCUCAGAUCUCGGAGGCCCUGGUGUCUCUGAGAGACAUCCUACAGCAGCUGAACAAUCAGAGAGCUUUGAUCGAGGAGGACAUCCACGUCAGCUUCGAAGAGCUCCACAAGACCCUGGACGUCAGGAAGAGUGUCCUACUGAUGGAGCUAGAGGUCACCUACGGACUGAAACAGAAGGUUCUGCAGGCCCAGCUGGACACCCUGCUCCAGGGCCACAGGGGUAUCGCUGACACCUGUACCCAGACAGAGGCGGCCCUGAGCGGGGGGGCCAGCGCCGCGAGCCUGCAGGCUGAGAGAGGCCUAGGGGAGAGGCUGGGGGAGCUGGCCAGCCAAGGGCUACCGUUCCAGGCUGAGGAGAAUGAUCAGCUGGAUUUACUGAUGAAGUCAGAGGGGCUGAGAAAGUCUAUCCACAAACUGGGAACUAUCAUCACUACCAGCGCGGUGGCGAGCCAGAGUGAGGCGUCGGGUGUGGGACUGGAGCAGUGCAUCGUGGGUCUCCCAGCCUGCGUAACCAUAACGACCAGAGACAAGGCCGGCGGACCCUGCCGGAGCGGCAAUGCCAUCCUGUCUGCUGAGGUGUGUACUCCAGAUGGUAGCGUGGCGGACGGGGAGAUACUCGACUACAAGAACGGGACAUAUGAUUUUGUUUACACUGUAAACAAGGAAGGAGAGUUUUCAUUGGCUCUCCGGCUCUAUGACCAACACAUCAAAGGAAGUCCCUUCAGACUCAGAGUUACCAGGUCCCCUGACCCUGAGGGGGCUAAGCGGAGAGGAAAGUCCCCUGGGUCUGGGAGUAAGAAGAAGGGUUCCAGGAGGACAGGCAGUGCCCUGGGGACACCCAGACGCAAAGAGAAUCCCAUCGAAGAUGAUCUUAUCUUCAGGAUCGGUACUAAGGGGAGAAAUAAAGGAGAGUUUACUAACCUGCAGGGUGUGUCAGCGUCCUCCAAUGGCAGGAUUCUAAUAGCAGACAGCAAUAACCAGUGUGUCCAGAUCUUCUCUAAUGGGGGGGAGUUUAAGAGUCGUUUUGGGGUGAGGGGUCGGUCGCCAGGGCAACUCCAACGACCAACGGGUGUGGCUGUUCACCCCAACGGUGACAUCAUCAUCGCCGACUAUGACAACAAGUGGGUCAGCAUCUUCUCCAGCGAGGGCAAAUACAAGGCCAAGCUGGGCUCUGGUAGGCUAAUGGGACCGAAGGGCGUGUCAGUGGAUCAGAACGGUCAUGUGAUUGUCGUUGACAACAAGGCAUGCACCGUCUUCAUCUUCCAGCCAACCGGCAAGCUCGUUUCUAAAUUCGGUAGCCGUGGCAAUGGAGACAAACAGUUUGCAGGUCCUCAUUUUGCAGCCGUCAACAACAACAAUGAGAUCAUAGUGACAGACUUUCACAACCACUCUGUCAAGGUGUUCACCCCAGAGGGAGAGCUGCUGUUGAAGUUUGGAUCUAACGGAGAGGGCAACGGUCAAUUUAAUGCUCCUACAGGCGUGGCCGUCGAUGUGAACGGGAACAUCAUUGUAGCCGACUGGGGCAACAGCCGCAUACAGGUGUUUGAUGGUAGUGGCUCCUUCCUGUCCUAUAUCAACACAUCAGCUGACCCUCUCUACGGACCUCAGGGUCUGGCUCUCACCUCUGAUGGACACGUGGUGGUGGCCGACUCUGGGAACCACUGUUUCAAGGUCUACAGAUACCUACAGUAA